AUAAUAAACAUAUUAUUUAUCUGGGUUUUUUUUAAUAUAACGAGGCUUUCAACACAUUAAUAGCUACACACACACACAUAUAAUGUUCUUGUUAAGAGCACACACAUGUCCGAAGUGAAACUAGUCACACAAAUUGGCUUUUUAUUACCCAAAAAGACCCUUUUUUUUCCGGUCCGGUGCUAACAUUAGCUAGCCGUGGUUGCUAGGUUGCACGACAAGACGAAAUGAAGCGUGCUGGGAGGAGACGGAGCUCCGUGUGGGACUGCUUCGAGCAAGUGGGCAGCUUCGUCCGCUGCAUGAAAUGCGACGCCACGUUGAAGUACUGCGGCGGAGCCACCAGCUCCAUGAUGAACCACAUGAGCAGACACCAUCAACCCUGCGCUGCACCGUCGGACGAAGACGAGAAGCCGGUGAUCUGCACCGUGCAGCAGCAGCAGCAGCAGUGCAUGGAGGAGGAGAGUGCAGCUAAUUCAGACAUCAUGCAGGUUGCGAUAAUGUCACCAAACGUGAACACUAGUAGCCUUCCUGAGCGGGAUUACGGGGAGAGGAAGCGCCUGAAGAGGAGCUCAGUGUGGGACGUCUUCAUCAAAGUGGACGAUGAAGUGCACUGCACGAUAUGCGACACCAAGCUGAAGUACAGGAGCAGCACCACCAGCAUGAUGUACCACAUCAAGAACAAGCACCAGGACCCGGUGCCCAGUGAGGGCGUGCCUGUGGCGACGCACACUGAAGUGACUGAGCUCAUCGCCAGGAUGGUAGAGAAGGACAUGCUGCCCAUCAGUGUCAUUAAUGGUGAUGGGUUUCGUGAGCUCAUUGCAUACACUGUGCAUAAUUAUAAAAUGCCAUCUGCUGGUGAUAUUACGCGCCUUAUUGAAGGGCAUUUCCACGAGAAGGUGGAGGAGCUUGUGGUGCAGCUGGGUAGAGUGGAGAAACUGGCUCUCACUGUUGACUUCUGGACAGCCCUGCCGUUUCAGAGGUACAUCACAGUCUUCUGCUCUUUCAUCACAGAGGACUGGCAGGGGAGGUCGGCCGUGCUGCAGACGCACAAGCUGCCAUCGGACAGCCACACUACUGCGGACGGUGUCACGGAGAGGCUUCUUAACACCGUGCAGACCUGGGGCAUUGGUGGGAAGGUCACCGCGUGUGUUCAUAACAACAUACAGGGCGCCCUGUCACACCACAACGCGUGUGUCCGUGUCACCUGGGACUACGCCACUUGCUUCGCCACUACGUUGCAGCAAGCGGUCACCGACGGGCUGAGCGAGGAUCUGGUCCGCAUCAUCGCCGCUGCGGGGAAACUGGUCAAGCACUUCAAUCACAGCUUGCUGGCGAGCGCGGCCUUGGAGCAGAAGCAAGUUCAGAUGUGCCUGCCGCAGCACAAGCUCGUCCAGUCGAGCAAAGCCAGAUGGGACACGAUCUGCGAUAUGUUCGAGCGGUUGCUCGAGCAACGGUGGGCGAUUAAAGCCGUGCUCUCCGAUCGCACGAUCACCAACAGACAGGAAGCCCAAAUCCUCGAGAUCGAAGACGACUUCUGGCAAAUAAUUGAGAACUUCACACCCGUGCUGGCGACGCUGAAAUGGGCAACGACGGUCAUAUCGGCUGAAACGGAAGUUUCCAUUUCCAACAUCUACCCGAUCACGUUCAGUCUCAUUCAGACCCACCUCGUGCCGAAAGACAAUGACGUUGAACAAGUCUCCGAGUUCAAGCUGAAAGUUCAGAAGUCACUUAGAAGUCACAUGGAGGUUGAUUCUAAUGACCUGGCCUCCAAACCAGCUCUGAUUGCCUCGAUGCUGGACCCUCGCCACAAACAUCUCAGCUUCCUGACGCCGACGGGGAGACUGGCUGCGAAGGUCAAACUGCACGAACUGGUUUCAAAAUUAGAUGUGAUAACUACUAUUGUGGGCCCGAAGGAUGAACAGCAGGAGAUGCUGAUCACACCUGAUAUUAGCCAGGUGGCUAUGCCCUCACAACUGAGAAGUGACACCAAGAACACCAUGAUGCUGCUCCUGGGAGACAACUACAGUUCCUCCUAUGCCACGGACUCCGAGGCUCAGGUAGAUUACUACCUGAGAGACAUUGCUCCCUCAUUGGACAUAAACCCUCUGGACUGGUGGAAGGUGAAUGGACCAAGGUUCCCCAAACUGGCCACUCUGGCGAGACACUAUUUGUGUGUACCUGGGGUAUCACUGCCAUCUUUAUUGUCAGAGGGCGGACAAACAUUUGCAACCAUGCGUACGAGGCUGAGCCCGGAGCAUGUUGACAUGAUGAUCUUUGUAAACAGAAAUGCAUAACCCUACAUGAUGGAGGAGUACACUGACUUCCUUUACCAAUAAUGGGUCACUGUAGUGCAGUAGGGGCAAGAGGCAGUGGGUGCAAAUCAGGUAGACGUCUUGAUUGGAUGUUACAAGAGAGGAUGAGGAAGAUGGCAGCUACUCUCCCACUGAUGAUAUAUUGUAUAUGCUUGUGCGAAUAAUGCUACAAACUAAUUAGUUUUUUAAAUUUCAGUCAAAAAAAGUCAAAUACUUAACUAUACCUAAAUGUAGUUCCCAAAAUUAAAACAUAGUGAUGUGUCUCAUCACCUCACUUUGACUUGAUGACUGACACUCCUCUGAUCACCCACACAGGUGUUUUCAAUCUGGCUGACUAGACCUCUGCUCAGGACUGUUUAGACUAAUUGAGUGACAUCUUCGUGAGUCUCCUGUUAGCUUUGUUGAACCUGUUAGGGCGGGACAAAUUACACCUUUAUCAUUCUUAUUGGUAGAUGAAAAUUUGUGACCAAUGGUGCCUUCAAAUGAAACUCGUGAGCUUCAUGUUUACAACAUGGGAAGUCUCCACAUAUACUCGGCGUUCAAGCCAUAGAAGCUUACAAGCUAGCAAGCGGGUAACAUACUGUAAUGCAGGAAAUGCAAAGGCAUAAUGAGAGAGGAAAAAGAUGAGGCAGUUGGGAAUAUCAACAUUUUCCUCAGACACAUUAUAAAAUUACGA